ACAGUACACACUACACUACACAGACACUAAUUGGCCAUAAAAUGUCGAGUGGCUCAAUAUUUUUCCCCGGGGCCAAAACCCGCUUCUCGACACUGUCUGCGCAGCUGGAGGAGAGCAAGAGGAAAUCCAGCAUAGUGCACAACAGCCUGUUGCGAAGCUCAGUAUCUGAUGCAGAAGGGUGGAAUCUGGUCGAUCUGAUCAACAGAUUGAAGAACUUCCGGAAAUCCAAGCAGACACGCGUAAGCAUGCUCGAGGACGAGCUGUACCAGCUAAUCCACACGGCCCGCGAGAUGUUGCUGGGAGAACCAAUGCUCCUGUCUGUUGAGGCUCCGGUGCGCGUCGUUGGCGACAUUCACGGACAAUUCGUGGACCUGUUGCGCAUCUUCGAUCACAUAGGCUAUCCGCCAUUGGUCAACUAUCUCUUUCUCGGAGACUAUGUGGAUCGGGGCCAGAACUCGAUCGAGACAAUCACCCUGCUGCUGGCCUUGCGGGUCAAGUAUCCCGAGAACGUCUUCCUGCUGCGUGGCAACCACGAGGCGCCCGCAGUGAACCGGGUAUACGGAUUCUUCGACGAGUGCAAGCGUCGCUAUACGGUCAAGCUGUGGAAGAGCUACGUCGACUGUUACUGUUGCUUGCCCGUGGCUGCGGUCAUUUCGAAUCGGAUCUUCUGCUGCCAUGGCGGUCUGAGCCCGCAGCUAAAGGACCUGAACAACAUCAAGUCGAUAUCGCGGCCCUGCGAUGUGCCCGACCAGGGUCUUCUGUGCGACCUGCUGUGGAGCGACCCGGAUCGGUAUGGCUUCGGCUGGUCGCCGAGUGACCGGGGAGUGAGCUACCUCUAUGGCCGGGACGUGCUCGAGAAAUUCCUGCAUAAGUACGACUUCGAUCUGCUAUGUCGGGCCCAUCAGGUCGUUGAAGAUGGCUAUGAGUUUUUCGCAAAGCGCCAGCUGGUCACUGUCUUCUCCGCGCCCAACUACUGCGGGCAGUACGACAAUGCGGGGGCCUCGAUGGGCAUAGAUAAGGAUUUGAUGAUCUCGUUCGAUGUACAGCGUCCCAGUACCGGUCACAAAGUUAUAAUAAAAAAUGUGAUCGCCUCGGCCAUCAAGUGACUUUGUCUCAGGCCGGGGCAGGCCCCGAUGGGAAUGUCAUUCCAUAUGUUUCCAUCCGAAAA